CCCGAACAGCCACUCCCCGAACUUUCUAAAUACAUAAUGGCACGUUCGUAUUCACUGCUUUGCUGUCCACCACAACGGCGCAUCUGAAAACACGCCGUUCAACACCCGUGAUAAGUCACAGCAUGUCUGAACUGACUGCACAAGAUCUGCAGGACAUUCUCCAGUUCACUGUUGCUCUGGCCCGCACAGCAGGCGGGGUCAUCCUCGAAGGAUCUGUUGCGAUCCAGUCGGCCAGUGCAGGAAAAGAUGUCAACGAGAAGAAGAACUCUGUUGACCUGGUCACCGAAUAUGAUGUCCGCGUGGAGGAGCUCGUGAAGAAAGAGAUUGCAGGCAGAUAUCCGGACUUUGAUUUCAUUGGCGAAGAAUCCUAUUCAGCUGGAUCUCGCCCUCCGCUGACUGACAAACCCACCUUCUGUGUGGAUCCCAUCGAUGGUACAACCAACUUCGUGCACGGAUUCCCCUUUGUCUGUAUUUCUCUCGGACUGAUCUACAAACGUCGACCGGUGCUUGGUGUCAUCUACAACCCCUUUCUCGACCAUCUCUACACUGGGAUCAAAGGGCAAGGCUCGCACCUCACCCGGGGAAGCGCGCAACCGGUCAAACUUCCGCUCUCUUCACCCCCCAAGCCUCUUCCUUCACUGUCGCAGGCGCUCAUUGCCAUCGAGUGGGGAUCUGACCGUGCGAACAAGACAAUCUCAGCCAAGUCCUCUUCAUUCGGUCGUCUGGCAGGGAACCCUGCGCAAGAUGUGCAAGGAGGGAAGAUGGCACAUUCUCUGCGUUCUGUUGGAUCUGCGGCUCUCAAUUUUGCGCUUGUUGCGCAAGGAGGACUCGAUCUAUACUGGGAAGUCGGGUGCUGGCCCUGGGACGUUUGCGCGGGAAUCGUGAUUGCAGAGGAAGCCGGGGGUAUCGUAUCUGGCGGUCACGACGCCUUUGCCGCUACGGCUCAGACUGCAGCUUUUGGUGAUGUCACGGAAGCGAUAUUGACGGGGAGAAAGUACGUUGUAGUCCGUGGUGUCGCAACAAGUCAGGAAGAGUCGAAUGUCGAUGCCCAGAAACGCAUCAUACAAGAAUUUUACCAGGCCGUAGAAGAUGUAGAGGCCAACUGAAUAUAAACUUGAGCUAAUUUGA